ACGUGGUUAAGGUGUACCAUAAUAAGUCUACUAAUUCCUGAUAGCAGCAACGAUGAUGAAUCUACAUUUUGUACUCUUUGUUCUUGUAGCAAAAAUCGUAGUCGCUACCGAUAGAGAUUGUGGGGUAUUACCAAUAACGUUAUGGAGUGGAGAGAAGUCACGCAGGACGUCGAUGCUCAAGACACCAGUGCAACUCGUUGUGAUCCAGCACACGGUCUCUCCUGCAUGUUACACUGACCAGGCUUGUGAGAGCAUACUACGCGGUAUUAGGAUACACCAUAUAAUAGAUUUAGAUUUUGUCGAUAUUGGAACCUCAUUUCUUAUCGGUGGUAACGGCAGGGUAUACGAGGGUGCGGGCUGGCAACGUAUCGGCGCUCACACGAGGGGGUACAAUGAUAAAUCUAUCAGCAUAUCUUUCAUAGGAAACUUUAAUAAUGAACUGCCUAGAACUAAAGCAUUAAAAGCAGCUCAAGACUUAAUAAACUGUGGCGUAUACAACAACUAUUUGACCAAGGACUACGAGCUCGUGGGACACCGGCAGCUAUCUGCGACACAGAGCCCCGGCGACUCCCUACAGGACCUCAUAGAGACGUGGCCGCAUUGGAAAAAGUUUGAUUAA